GGUCGCGAAGGUUCCAGCUUUUCAGGGAGAGAUGAGGUGCCGCAGGUGUUCAGGCCCAGUCUGAGGCCGCAGGAUUGUCUUUUCAUUGUUCUCCAUGCUCUGGUUUUUGCCUCUCUUCAAUCUAGCACCCACACUGCCACCAUGUGUUGACAUAUUAGCUUGAUCCAGCCACUGUCUUCGUUGUGUGAUUAGUAAAAUGCUUUCCUAAACCGUAAAAAGUUGAAGAUGUCUAGACAGAAUUUAGUGGCUUUGACAGUGACCACCCUUCUGGGAGUGGCUGUGGGGGGAUUUGUCCUAUGGAAAGGCAUCCAGCGACGCAGGAGUAAGACAAGUGGUGUGACCCAGGAGAAGGAGCAGCAGCAGCAGCAGCAGCAGCAGCAGCAAGAGCAAGUGACACCAAGGAGAGAGCAGCCCCCUUCAGAAGAGCACCAGCUGCCCUCUGGUGUUCCCAGAGCCUCCUGGGAGGAGAGAAUUCUCCAUGCAGAUGUGGUGACAGUGUCUCAGGAGGCAGAGUGGGAUCAGAUUGAGCCCUUGCUCAGGAGCGAGUUAGAAGAAUUUCCAGUACUUGGAAUUGACUGUGAGUGGGUGAAUCUGGAAGGCAAAGCUAGUCCUCUGUCACUCUUACAGAUGGCCUCACCAAGUGGCCUGUGUGUAUUGGUUCGCUUGCCCAAGCUGAUCUGUGGAGGUAAAACACUACCAAGAACAUUAUUGGACAUUUUGGCAGAUGGCACCAUUUUAAAAGUUGGAGUGGGAUGUUCAGAAGAUGCCAGCAAACUUCUGCAGGAUUAUGGCCUCAUUGUUCGGGGGUGCCUGGACCUCCGCUAUCUGGCCAUACGGCAAAGGAAAAAUUUGCUGUGUAAUGGACUUAGCCUGAAAUCACUUGCUGAAACAGUUUUGAACUUUCCCCUUGACAAGUCCCUUCUACUUCGUUGCAGCAACUGGGAUGCUGAGAAUCUUUCAGAGGAUCAGGUAACAUAUGCAGCCAGGGAUGCCCAGAUUUCUGUGGCUCUCUUUCUCCAUCUUCUUGGACACCCUUUCUCUAGGAAUUUACCUGUGGAAGAAAAUGAUGACCGCAUUGGCUGGAGAAAAGUCUUGGAGAAAUGCCAGGAUAUGGUAGACAUCCCAUUUCGAAGCAAAGGAAUUAGCAGAUUGGGAGAAGAGGUUAAUGGGGAAGCAACAGAAUGUCAGCAGAAGCCAAGAAAUAAAAAGUCUAAGGUCAAUGGAAUGGUGCCAGGCAACCACCAAGGAAGAGACCCCAGGAAACACAGAAGAAAGCCCCUGGGGGUGGGCUAUUCUGCCAGAAAAUCACCUCUUUAUGAUAACUGCUUUCUCCAUGCUCCAGAUGGACAGCCCCUCUGCACUUGUGACCGAAGAAAAGCUCAAUGGUAUCUGGAUAAAGGCAUUGGAGAGCUGGUGAGUGAAGAGCCUUUUGUGGUCAAGCUACAGUUUGAACCUGCAGGAAGACCUGAAUCCCCAGGAGACUAUUAYUUGAUGGUUAAAGAGAACCUGUGUGUCGUGUGUGGCAAGACAGACUCUUACAUUCGGAAGAACGUGAUUCCACAUGAGUACCGGAAACACUUCCCAAUUGAGAUGAAGGAUCACAACUCCCAUGAUGUGCUCCUGCUCUGCACUUCCUGCCACGCCAUUUCCAACUACUAUGAUAACCAUCUGAAGCAGCAGCUGGCCAAAGAGUUCCAGGCCCCCAUUGGUUCUGAGGAGGGCUUGCGCCUGCUGGAGGAUCCUGAGCGCAGGCAGGUGCGUUCUGGGGCCAGAGCCCUGCUCACGGCGGAGAGCCUGCCUGCUCAUCGAAAGGAGGAGCUUCUGCAGGCACUCAGGGAGUUUUAUGACACUGACACCAUCACAGAUGACAUGCUUCAAGAGGCUGCCAGCCUGGAGACCAGGAUUUCCAAUGAAAACUACGUUCCUCACGGGCUGAAGGUGGUGCAGUGUCACAUCCAGGGUGGGCUGCGAUCCCUCAUGCAGCUGGAGAGCCGCUGGCGCCAGCACUUCCUGGACUCCAUGCAGCCCAAGCACCUGCCCCAGCAGUGGUCAGUGGACCACAACCAUCAGAAGCUGCUCCGCAAAUACGGGGAGGAUCUUCCCAUCAAACUGUCAUGAUAGCUGCUUCCUGUCCAGGUCAGGACAGCUGGGAAGCUGGAGCCAAGGUGGAAAAGUCAUCUGUUCUUGUUUUAAGACAUAAUUAAUUGUCAACGCCUGAAUGGCAACUCAGAACACUAACUUGUACUAAACCUGGGUGCUUCUGAUGGAGCAAGGCUGUUGUUUGAAGGGGGAGCUGGUGGUUUUGAAUUUUAAUUGAGCAGAGACAGUAUUUUUUUGUUUGUUUUUCCAUCAUCAUCUUUUACUUUUGUGGACCAGAGAGGUUUGACUUCUAUUUUUAUUCUCCCUCUUCUGAUUUCCCUGUAAAGAGACAAAAUGAAGACUUCUCCCUGAAGUGACUCAUUAAGGCUUUCAGAAAAUGUUUGUAGUAUGUUUCUUCCCUGUCCACCAUGCUAAUUACCUCUAGCAGGGACUGUCCAGGGUGUCAGUCCUGUCAGGUUA